UUCUUUCAGCUAGAGAAACUGAAUGUGAGCAACAAUCGUCUACGAGCACUUCCCGGCACUCUAGUGGAGUGCCCCAGGCUCCAUGUAUUAGUUACUGGUGGGAAUGAUCUUAUCCAUCCACCUCAAGCCAUCUGUGAUACCGGCUCAGAAGCCACAUUACAGUUCCUAAGAGAGAGGCAUCUACCCACCAGUCAACAGGGUACUGCAGUGAAGAGGAGUGUAUUUACUCGAGUAAGAGGACAGCAGGUGUUGGCCAGUGUGUCUAACCCAGAGUCUGCAAGUAUGGAAUACCGUCAGGCCCAGGGAACAUCACGGACAAAUAAGCGCAGGUGCCCAUUGAUGCCACCAGUUUCUGCAAGUACCCUUAAGCCUGACCAGCUCAGAGAUAUGCUUCUUGGGUUGUUAUAUGGCAUGGCAAUUGGUGAUGCUAUGGCACUGAGCACUGAAGGAUUAAAGUUGAUGAGUGCCCUUCUUUUACGACCCGAAAAUCUCUCCUUGGACGAUAGAAUUUCUGAUUAUCUUCGUGCACAUUUUCCCCAUGACUGGUCUUCCAAUACUGAUAUUAUGUUGCUAACACUAGAGUCUUUGAUGAGAUGGGGAGGUGUUGUGGAUGAGCUGGAGCUGGCCUCACAACUUGACCAGUGGAGGAUUCAUGGGUAUGCUGACCUUGAUCCCUCACCUGGUCACCUGCUCUCUCCAUUCAUGGAAAAAGUGAUAACUAUGGAGGGCUACUCUGCCAACCCUCAUGCUGCUGCACAAGCUGUCUAUAGGCAAGUGAAAGAAGAAAUGUCAAGAGGAAUACACACUGUCAAUCCCAGUGAUAACUCCUGUCUUCCUUCUGCUCUCCUUUUAGGGGUUCCAAAUUUCUACAUGGAUCAUGAAGUUAAGAUGAAUGCAGAGAGAAUUUGCAAAGCUACACAUGCUGACCCGGUGGCACAAGCAGCUUGCAUUUUCUUAGCUCUUUUAAUAUCUUCAGUACUUCAGGUAAAAUACCAAAUUUGCCUUAUGUUUUUAUUACUGAAGAAAAAACUGCCAACUUGCCUUUGUCAAAAGGUGCUGGAGGCUCGUAGCCCUCCAACAGCAGGUGCUGAAGCUCGUAGCCCUCAAACAGCAGGUUUGCUGAAGGCUCGUACCCUCCAGCAGCAGGUGCUGGAGGCUCGUAGCCCUCCAACACCGGUGCUGGAGGCUCGUAGCCCUCAAACAGCGGGUUUGCUGGAGGCUCGUGCCCUCCAGCAGCAGGUCUGA